AGGUACUGAGAGUGUGUGGUUCCAGGUGGGCUCACGCGGUGAGUUUUAAGGGGGAAACUUUUCUUGGGUGUUUGGGAGUUCGAAUCCCGACCUGAGCGUUUUAAUGUGAGCUGAAUCGCCCGACCUUCCGCUUUGUCUUCCUUUUUGAGCCCCGCGGCGGGGGAGGUGGUGAGAUUGGAGAGGAGUGUGUGGGCGACUCUCUUCCUUCUUUGUAGAUGAACUUCCAGGUGAAGUUCAUUUCCCCCGUUACUUACAAGGAGAAGCUGGCCCAGACGUGCAGCAAAAGAAGCAGCAAAGUUGUACUCUUCAAAAUCAGAGCGAAGUUGCUUUGUGGAGAGUUCUAUAAAUGUCAGCAAAUAUUACCGUACUUUAGGUUCAAUCUCGAACAUACCUAUCGAGAGCCUUCUGCUACGCGCUGCAGGGGCAGGAUACACACUGACCUGUGUAGAAUUCCCUUCAAGCGUCCACAAUUUUCAGGGUGAAGUCUCUCUCAAAAAAUUGCAGAAGAACACGGCCUGGCUGAGGUAGUAUCAAUGCAGCUGGAGUAGCAGACUCAGCUCUGGCAUCACCUUCCUCCUUUGCUUUAAGGAAAACUCAUCAGGACUUUAGUAUUUGGAAAGCUGUGUAAAUGCAGUCAGUGUGAGUACUGCUUACUAUGUUCUCUGGGAGUAGUCUGAAUUUGGGAAUUUGGAGAGAAAGUAGCUUUUAAAGAGGGUCAGAUUAGGGACUUAAAGUUAGGGGUUUGAAAGUUACUUUGACUUUACUGUAGGUUGUUAUCAGAGUUUAACUGUCUAUCGGUUAAUUCUAAAGCAAGGGUGGGAACCUCUGUUAGGGUCUUCUGUGGCUCAAAGAUUGGCUCCUGCAAGAUUCCGAAGGGCUGGCAGGCCUUUUUGGAUGCUGAAAAGAUGCUCCUCUAGUUACUUAGCAUCAUAAAAGACUAGGUAGAGUUGUUUAUAGCACUCUUUGUGUUCUGUCUGACUCUUUAAGUGGCCCUGCACUUAGCCGUUAAGGAAUCUCUAAUCAGCCAACAGAAUUUGGUCCUUACCUUCCGGAGCUGUUUUGGGGGAGGAGGAGCACCGUUGGCCUUUUAUGUAAAUGCCCCCACCCCCGCAGUGGUGCAACAAGUAACUGAGGUUUCUCUUUGCCUAUCUGCCACCCCAUAGCCACCAGACCCUUCUCCUUUCUCUUUCCAAACAAAUGUGACAUUUAAGAGUAGUGUUGGUUGUGUUAAUGAAUACAUUUUAGGUUUUAUUUCUAAUUUUUAGAGACUGGAUGAAUGCAAACUAAAUCUUUCCCCCCCUCCUCAACUCCAUUUCAUUACUUUUUAAAAUUAUAGCCUUUGAAUAAUUUUUUUUUUUUUUUGCUUCUUUCCCCUGCGGUUUGUGGCUAUCAGACCAAAAAAACAAAACAAAACAAAAAUCCCUGAUCUAGAGAAAGUGAUCACAUGAAAAACUCAGCCCAAAACUAUAGGUCUAGACUGUUAGAAUUUUAAUUUUUGCAGAGCAUGCUUGUCCUGGAUUUUUUUUUGCCCAUUACAACAUGCUCAUCUUUUAUUCCCGUACUCUUAAGUCUUCUUCCUCGAAGCUCACCUUAUUGUUGGCUACUUACUUUUUGAGGUCGUGAUGUCUCAGGAGCCAGACGUGGAGUACCAGCAGUCCCAGGGCAGCGGCGCCUGCUCCCAGUCACCAGGUGUUUUCCCACAGUCCCAAGGCCCCUCCUCACAGACACCAGGCGGCUCCUCACAGUCCCAGGGCACAUCCUCUACCAGCUCCUCAACCAGCACAGUGCCAACGUCCAGCCAGUCAUCUCACUCCAGCUCAGGGACACUGAGCUCCCUGGACACAGUGUCCACUCAGGAACUGUAUUCUAUUCCUGAGGACCAAGAACCGGAGGAGCCUGCCCCUGCCCCUUGGGCUCGAUUAUGGGCCCUUCAGGAUGGAUUCUCCAAUCUCGAGUGCGUUAAUGACAACUACUGGUUUGGGAGGGAUAGAACCUGCGAGUACUGCUUUGAUGAGCCGCUGCUGAAAAGAACAGAUAAAUAUCGGACUUACAGCAAGAAGCACUUUCGGAUUUUCAGGGAAAUGGGUCCUAAAAACUCUUACAUCGCAUAUAUAGAAGAUCACAGUGGGAAUGGAACCUUUGUAAAUAGAGAACUUGUAGGGAAAGGAAGACGCCUUCCUUUGAGUAACAAUUCUGAAAUUGCGCUUUCAGUGUCGAACAAUAAAGUUUUUGUAUUUUUCGAUCUGACUGUAGAUGAUCAAUCAGUUUAUCCCAAGGAAUUAAGAGAUAAAUAUAUCAUGUCAAAAACUCUUGGAAGUGGGGCCUGUGGUGAGGUGAAACUAGCUUUUGAGAGGAAAACAUGUAAGAAAGUCGCCAUAAAGAUCAUCAGCAAAAGGAAGUUUGCUGUUGGCUCCGAGAAAGAGGCAGAUCCAGCUCUCAAUGUUGAAACAGAAAUCGAAAUUUUGAAAAAAUUAAAUCAUCCUUGUAUCAUCAAGAUUAAAGACUUUUUUGAUGCCGAAGAUUUUUAUAUUGUUUUGGAAUUGAUGGAAGGAGGCGAGCUGUUUGACAGGGUGGUGGGGACUAGACGCCUGAAAGAAGAUACGUGCAAACUAUAUUUUUACCAGAUGCUCCUGGCUGUACAGUAUCUUCAUGAAAAUGGCAUUAUACAUCGGGAUUUAAAGCCAGAGAAUGUUCUUCUCUCAUCUCAAAAAGAGGAUUGCCUUAUAAAGAUUACUGAUUUUGGGCAGUCCAAGAUUUUGGGGGAGACUUCUCUCAUGAAAACCUUAUGUGGUACCCCUACUUACUUGGCCCCCGAGGUUCUUAAUUCUUUUGGGACUGCCGGAUACAGUCGUGCAGUGGACUGCUGGAGUUUAGGAGUUAUACUUUUUAUUUGCCUUAGUGGGUAUCCACCUUUCUCUGAGCAUAAGACUCAAGUAUCACUGAAGGAUCAGAUCACCAGUGGAAAAUACAACUUCAUUCCCGAAGUCUGGGCUGUGGUCUCAGAGAAGGCUCUGGACCUUGUUAAGAAGUUGUUGAUAGUGGAUCCAAAGACACGUUUCACGACAGAAGAAGCUUUAAAACACCCGUGGCUUCAGGAUGAAGACAUGAAGAGAAAAUUUCAAAAUUUGCUUUUUGAAGAAAAUAAGUCAACAGCUUUGCUCCAGCUCCCAACCCAGCCUUCUACGAGCCGAAAACGGCUCCUUGAAGGGGAACCGGAGGACGCCGGCACCACAAAACGCCUGGCUGUAUGUGCUGCUGUCUCAUGAACACUGGUUGAACAUGAAAGAAAUGUAUCUUCUGGAACUCUGCUGACAUUUUCUUUAUAUUUGGUUUUUUUGGUAGUUUGUGUUUUGGUUAUAGGAAGAGUCACAUAUCCAUGGUCAUCGGUACACAAUUAAAAACCUAAUGGAACCUGG